AUGCGUGAGAAUGACGACGGAGGGGAUAAAGAGAGAGCGCCAUCUAUUGAUGGGAGCCGAGAUAGACGGACAGGUCGAGAAGGGAAAGCGCGGGUGAGUCGCGAGGACACCGACCAGAUGAGGUCUUUGAUGGAACUGACAAUUAAGCUUGAAGAUGAUGAUGAAGAAGAAGAAGCUGAGAGACGGACUUUCGAUGCGGCGCCGCCCGGCUCUGCUCUCUUCCUUCCCCACCAAUCGUAUCCCCAAGAUCGUCCACCAUUGACGAUCGCCAAGCCACUAGACGCGAUUCGGCAGGUUGUGCCGGAGGAUCAGCUGGUCGGCAGGGCUUAUCGUGUCAUGGGGAUAGCUUCACGCACGGGGAAGCUGCCAUCUACCGACCCUACGAUAGCCGAGUGA